GAAAUGGAGGAAGCACUGAAGAUAGGGAAAUGCAAUGGUGAAGUUGCUCCUUCUGCCAAAUACUGCGUUACAGGGGCCACAGGGUAUAUUGGUUCAUGGCUGGUUGAGGCUCUUCUUGAAAGAGGCUGCACGGUUCAUGCUACUGUAAGAGAUCCUGCAAAGUCAUUGCACCUCCUUUCAUUGUGGAAAGGUGGUGACAAAUUGAGAUUUUUCCAAGCAGAUUUACAUGAAGAAGGAAGCUUCGAUGAGGCUGUAAAGGGAUGUGAUGGUGUGUUUCAUGUAGCUGCUUCAAUGGAAUUCAAUGUUAGUGAGAAAGAAAACACUGAGGCCUUUGUGCAAGAAAAUAUCAUUGCACCUGCAAUCAAAGGAACCAUAAACCUUCUCAAGUCUUGUUUGAAAUCCAAUUCUGUGAAAAGGGUUGUUUUUACAUCUUCCAUAAGUACCAUUACUGCCAAGGACAGUAAUGGGAAGUGGAAGCCUAUUGUUGAUGAAUCUUGCCAAAUCCAUCCAGAUAAUGUGUGGAAUACUAAAACAAGUGGAUGGGUUUAUGCACUUUCAAAGCUUCUCACAGAAGAAGCGGCAGUUAAAUUUGCAAAGGAGAAUGGCCUUGAUCUUGUGUCAGUCAUAACAAGCACUGUUGCAGGCCCCUUCUUCACUUCUAAUGUACCAACAAGUGUUAAAGUUCUAUUGUCACCAUUAACAGGUGAAACUGAAUACUUCAAGAUAUUAUCUGCUGUGAAUGCACGAAUGGGAUCAAUUGCUUUAGUUCACAUUGAAGAUAUAUGCAGUGCCCACAUAUUCCUAAUGGAGCAAACCAAAGCAGAAGGUCGAUACAUAUGUAGUAGCCAAAGUUGUACAUUGUCAAACUUGGCUACUCUUCUUACCAAAGAGUAUUCUUGUUCAAAUUUGAAAAGGAAGACCAAGAAAAAUUAUGACCAAGUUCCUUCUGAGAUUUCAUCAAAGAAGCUAAACGAUUUGGGUUUUAGUUACAAGCAUGACCUUGAAGAUAUAGUUCAUCAAACAAUUACGUGCUGUCUAGAUUAUGGUUAUUUACCUCCUGUUUAG